AUGAGGAAGAAGCUAUUCUUACGUAUUGUUGGCGAUUUGGAAGGCCGUUUUCCAUAUUUCCAAUGGAAAAUGGAUGCAAGGCGGGUAAAAGGUUUCUCUCCUGUUCAAAAAUGCACGGCUGCAAUUCGUCAGCUAGCAUACGACAUGGGCGCAGAUAAAUGGGACGAGUAUUUUAGGAUGUCAGAGCGUCCCGUGCAGGAAUGUGUGUACAAGUUCUGCAAAGCGAUCUGUUUGCUGGUGCAAACAAUGACAUCAAUGUGCUAUACCAGUCGCCGGUAUUCAACGAUAUCUACAUUUGGAAAGUCGCACGAUGUACCUUUUCAAGAAAAUGGGGUAGCAUAUAAGCGUGGAUACUAUCUUACUGACGGUAUAUAUCCUCCUUUGUCUGUUUUUGUGAAAUUGUUUACAUGUCCUAAUGACCGAAAAAGGAAAAAGUUUAAAGAGGCGCAAGAGUCAGCUAUGAAGGAUGUGGAGCGAACAUUUGGUGUACUUAAGAGGCGUUGGCAAAUACUAACAGUCGGGGCAAGGUCAUAUGAGGUGAAAUGGUUACAACAUGUAAUGUAUGCAUGUAUCAUAUUGCAUAAUAUGAUUCUUGAAAACGUAGGAAGAGCGAUAUGUCGGUACAAUGAAAAUGAAGUUUUGCCAAAUGUCGAAGGAGUAGCCGUUGGUACACAAGAGUAUAGGGUGAAUAGAAGAGAAGUACACAAUCACGACAUUCAUCACACCCUUCGUGCUGAUUUGGUGGAGCACAUUUAUAGGGCUCAUAUUCAGCCCCCGUUAGAGUUUCCUCACGAUGAUUUGUUUGACGAAUCAGACGAGGAUUCUGAUAUGUUUGUUGAGAGUGAAGAUUCCGACAAUGAGAGUGACGCUGGGGAGAACGAUGAAGACGAUCAAGGCGAUGACGAGGACGAUGAGGGCGAUGAUGAACAAGAUGAUUCCGAGUGA